CAAGGGUGUAUCGUUCCGUAGUUAUUCUUAAUUUCUUUUUGACCGUUCAUUGAACAAGCUGCUUUUAGUAUAUAAAUUUCUUUAACCUAUUUAUUGGGUUAAGCGUCGCUUUUUUCAUCAACUUGCUGAAAACUCCCAAGCGUCCUCUACCCCCCUAUUCUCUGAUUGGUCCAAUAUCGGUCAGGAUACAUCCUAUUGGAUGGUUUUAAAAAUAUUUAACCGGCUUUCCUGUAAUCUGUAAAGUGUUGGAUGUUUGAACGUUAGUGUCGUUUAUUUAUUCCUGAUUUUGUGUAAUUGUUUAACAAUUAUGACUGAGACUCAGCAGAAAGCUAAAUGUAUUACUCUAAAAGGCUCAGCAGAGUUGGUCAAAGAAUAUCUUUUAUAUGGAGUUAACAGCAUUCUGUACCAAAGAGGCAUUUAUCCGCCAGAAACAUUCGAGCCAACCGAAAAUUUUGGCAUAUUUGUUCUAAUGUCGACAGAUGAAAGAAUUAAGGGGUUCUUAGAUACUGUUCUUAGCCAAAUUCAAGAAUGGCUAACCCAACAAAAAGUACAAAAAAUAACGCUUGUUAUAACAAACGUGAAUACCAAAGAAGUGUUGGAAAAGUGGGACUUCAAGGUUGACUACGAGGGUCAAACAUCCAAUGGCAGCAACAACAAUGCGAGUAACGGCCUUCCUGAAGUGGGUACGAAAGAUGUCAAGUCUAUCCAGAGGGAGAUUCGAGAAGUAAUACGUCAGAUAACAGGUACGGUAAGCUUUCUUCCCUUAUUGGAUUGCAUAUGCUCUUUUGAUAUCUUGACUUAUACAGUACCUGACUGUGGUAUUCCAAAAGAGUGGGAUGAAACACAGCCUGUUUUUAUCGCUAAUAGUCAAGAAGUACAGUUAAGAUCAUUUUCAACUUCUAUUCAUAAAAUGAAUACCAUAGUUAGCUAUAAAAAUGUCUAAGAUUUUAAUCAAUUGUUGAGAUUUGCAUGCAAAACAUACAUCAGAUUCAACAUUUUAGCAAUAUUUAACAUGAAAGACUGUUAUUUAAAUUUAAACUUUGUGUGAGAAUGAUUGAGAUAUAAGGUGGCCGUGUUAUUUUAAAGAGUUUGCACAUGUAUGGAUAUUACUAUUAUUUGAAAAAGAGGUUUAUAUGAUUAUAUGUAUUUUGAUAUAA